AGAUAUUUUGUUAUUCAGAAUUUCGGUCUACUGAAACAAAACCGAACCAGAAUGUAAACCGAUAAAACCAACGCGCUAACCGGAUGUCCAUCAACUAUGUGAUCGUAUUAUCGUACUGAGAGUUAAUCGGGAAAUCUUGACGGCGGCGGAGUGAACACUCGUAAAUGCAUGGGCAAGGCUUCUCUGGCUCAGCUCUGCGCUCUUCGUCGACUGUCAACCAUCUCAGCUCGAGAUCGUUCUACGAAUGAGAUAGCCACCUUGUGUUCAGAGGGAAAUCUUCGAGAAGCCUUUCAGAGAUUCCGACAAGAAAUCUGGAACGACCCUUCUCUGUUCACCCACUUCAUCCAAUCAUGCGCCAGGAAAGCCUCUGUUCGGUAUGGGAAGCAGCUUCAUUGCCUCGUCCUUGUCUCCGGUUUCUCCUCCGACAAGUUCAUCUGCAACCACCUCAUGAAUAUGUAUUCCAAGCAUGGGGAUCUACCUUCGGUUGUCACGUUGUAUGGUUUCAUGCCCAAGAGGAAUGUUAUGUCUUGUAACAUAUUGAUCAAUGGGUAUCUGCGUGCCGAGGAUUUGAAUGGCGCCCGGAAGGUGUUUGAUGAAAUGGCCGAGAGGAAUCUCGAGACGUGGAAUGCUAUGAUCAAGGGCUUGAUCCAUCUUGAAUACAACGAAGAGGGUUUAGCUUUGUUUAGGGAAAUGCACGAGCUGGGGUUUUCACCGGAUGUAUACACUCUUGGUAGUGUUUUUAGGGGAUUGGCUGGUUUAAGAUCAGCAACGACAGGGCAGCAGGUUCAUAGUUACGCAAUCAAAUGCGGGCUUGACUUCGAUACGAUCGUUAGCAGUUCAAUCGCUCAUAUGUACAUGAGAAGUGGAAGGCUGCAAGAUGGUGAAAAGGUCAUUAAGUCUAUGCCGAUAUUGAAUGUGGUUGCUUGGAAUACACUCAUCGGAGGAAACUCUCAAAAUGGAUGCCCUGAGACCGUCUUGUAUCUGUAUAAGAUGAUGAAAAACUCGGGUUGUAGGCCCGACCAGAUCACUUCCGUGAGUGUGCUCAGCUCUUGUUCUGAUUUGGCAAUACUAGGGCUCGGUAAGCAGAUUCAUGCUGAAGCCAUCAAGAUUGGGGCGAAUUCUGUCGUUGGCGUAGUCAGUUCAUUAAUAAGUAUGUAUGCAAGAUGUGGAUGCCUUGAUGAUUCCGUUAAAGCUUUCUCAGAAUGUGACAAUGGAGAUGAUAUCUCGUGGAGCUCGAUGAUGUCUGCUUAUGGGUUUCAUGGGAAAGGAGAGGAUGCGAUCAAGCUGUUUAGAAUUAUGGAGGAUAGAAGAGAUUUGAAAGUAAACGAGGUCGCGUUUCUGAACGUACUCUCUGCUUGUAGUCAUUCUGGAUUGAAAGAUGAAGGGCUUGAGUUGUUCGACUCGAUGGUGAAAACAUACGGAUUGAAUCCUAAUAUAAGGCACUAUACAUGCGUGGUGGACUUGCUGAGUCGGUCAGGCGAUUUGGACAAGGCCGAGGAUAUGAUUAGGUCUAUGCCCGUAGAACCAGACACCGUCAUCUGGAAGACAUUGCUAUCGGCUUGCAAAACACACAAAAACACAGAGAUGGCGAAGAGGGUAGCCAAAGAAAUUCUCCGGCUUGACCCUCACGACUCGGCCUGUUAUGUUCUAAUGGGAAACAUUCACGCGGCAGCCGAGAGGUGGGACGAUGUCUCUGAGGAGAGGAAAGCUAUUAGAGACAGGAACAUGAAGAAAGAACCAGGACUAAGCUGGUUUGAACACAAGGGUGAAGUUCAUCAGUUUCGAAAGGGCGAUCUUUCUCAUCCUCGGUCGGAAGAGGUCUAUCUAUUCCUGAGAUUGCUUGCUUUUGAGUUGAGGUUGAAGGGUUAUGUUCCGGAUACAGCAUCCGUUUUGCAUGAAAUUGAUAUUGUUCCAAGUUUGUCUACUUGAUACAUUUCCCAUUGCAGAGCUGUGACGUUUUCCGAACUUAUUUGCAUUGUUUUCCUACACCUUUUUUUUCUUACAAAAAACAAGUUAUGUCCAAACAUGUUUGUAGGGGUGAUUUAUUGAGAUACCCGAUUUCA